GAAGACUUCCGUUACACAUUGUGAAGUAGGUACCUACCAGUAGACACUUGUGUACUUAUAUUUUUUCUUGUAAUUUUUCCAAAAACAGUCUUUAUCGCGUGUCGCAAAAGAAAAGAUGUCUAAGAAAAUUGAAUUCACUGUCAAUGGAAAAAAAUGUACAGUGGACGAGAAUCUCCGUCGGGAGACGACGUUGAACGCGUACCUGCGGUAUGUGUUGGCGCUGCCGGGCACGAAGGCGAUGUGUCACGAGGGCGGCUGCGGCUCCUGCAUCGUCAUGGUGCGCGCCAAGAGGUACCCCAGCGGCAUCGUCGAGACCUUCUCUGUUAACUCCUGUCUGGUUCUGGUGUUCUCCUGCAACGGUUGGGAGAUCACGACUGUCGAAGGUAUUGGCAAUGCUUUGGAUGGGUACAGCGAGGUCCAGAAGCGGCUGGUGGAGUUCAAUGGCACCCAGUGCGGGUACUGCUCUCCAGGUUGGGUGAUGCAGAUGUCCAGUCUCUUAGACAAGAACCUGACCAUGGCAGAACUAGAAAAGUCCUUUGGCAGUAAUACCUGCAGAUGUACCGGGUUUAGACCAAUCAUGGACACGAUGACCUCAUUCGCUGUGGAUGCCUCUCCAGAAUUAUGUCAGAGAGUGAGGGAUAUUGAGGAGGCAAACCCUUGCUCCAAAAACCCUAGGACCUGCCAGAGGAAAUGUUCAGAGACCAGUGACUGCAGUGACUGGAGUCUCGUGACUGUAGAGGAGAACCUGACAAGAGACGUCAUCUCUUUGGACUUCGGUAAAUCGAAGUUCUUCAAAGUGUACCAACAGGACGACAUUUUUGAUAUCCUAAGCAAGUAUGGCGUGGAUUCCUAUAUGCUCGCUGACGGGAAUACUGGAAAAGGUAUCGUUGAAUCAUUUGAAUAUCCCAGAAUCAUAAUUGACAUAAGCGAAGUUGCUUCGCUGAAGAAAUAUGAAUAUGGUCAGAAUUUGAUUCUUGGGGCAAACGUUUCUAUUGAAGACUGCAUUAGAAUAUUCAAAGAAGCUUCGUCUAAGAAGAGCGAGUUCGCUUACCUAUCUGAAGUCGUGAAGCAUUUGGAACUGAUUGCUCAUAUACCUGUGAGAAAGAUUGGCUCCAUUGCCGGUAACUUGAUGUACAGGCGCGCAGUACCGACGUACCAGUCUGAUCUGUUCGUCAUCUUCACUUGCCUUGACGCCAGGAUCACUGUUCGCAACGCUCGCGGUAAAACGAAGACGUUGAAAACGGUCGAGUUCCUGAAGUUUGACAUGGAAGGAUGGUUGAUGACUAGUGUCGCGCUGCCUCCCCUGAGCGACCGACAUAUCUAUAGAAGUUACAAGAUUAUGCCAAGAAACCAGAAUGCUUUAGCCAUCGUCAAUGCGGCAUAUCUCAUAGAAUUAGGAAGGAAGAACACGGUGGAAUCUGCCAGCAUAGUCUACGGUAACAUAGAUCCAGACUUCGCCCAUGCUACUGAUACCGAGAAUUACCUGAUCGGGAAGAAUAUAUUUACCAAUGAAACUCUACAAGAAGCCAUUGAUCUGCUUGAUUGUGAAUUACUACCGAAGGAUAUUCCUGGAGAACCGUCUCCUGAAUGCAGGAAGAAAUUGGCGCUCGGACUGUUUUAUAAGUUCGUCCUAAACAUAGCUCCUGCUGGCAGAGCAAACUCAAGAUUCACAUCUGGCGGAUCACUCUUUAGAAGAGCGGUCUCCCGAGGCAAAGAAGAUUAUCAAACGGAUAAGUCAGUGUUCCCUCUGAACCAACCAAUAAACAAGAUGGAAGGCCUCAUACAAGCCAGUGGGGAGGCUACUUACACCAAUGAUAUACCUCCGAUUCCUCGGCAAGUGUUCGGUGCCUUUGUCCUGUCUACUAUCCACAAAGGGACUGUUGAUACUAUUGAUAUUGAAGGCGCUUUGAAAAUGGAUGGCGUAGUCGCAAUAUUUACCCCCAAGGACAUUCCCGGCAUCAAUUCCUUUACUGUCCCUGGCUUGCCUCUACAAACUGAAGAUGAAGAGAUUAUUGCUGAUGAAGUCAAAUUCUACGGCCAACCUAUAGCUAUCCUAGUAGCAGAAACUGAGAAAUUAGCUGAAACUUUGGCUAAGAAAGUCAAAGUUACUUACAAAAAUGUUAGCUCAGCUCCACCAGUGCUUACCAUCGAUGAUGCAAAGAAGGAUAGCAAGAGAUAUGUCGGAGGAGGACCGUCCAUAGAAAGAGUUACUAGAGGAAAUAAAACUACGAAGAUUAUAAAGGGUAUUUAUAAUAUAGAAGCUCAGUAUCCAUACUAUAUUGAGCCUAUAACAUGUGUUGUAGUACCAGUAGAUGACAAACUGGAGGUGUUUGAUUCGACGCAGUGGAUGGAUCUGACGCAAAAUGCAAUUGCUCGGUCUUUGGGGAUUAAAGAGAGCGAUAUCGUAGUACAAGUACGUCGCGUGGGCGGUGGUUUCGGGGGCAAAGUGAGUCGUAAUGCGCUAGCUGCUACAGCAUGUGCGUUAGUUGCUAAGAAGCUGGACCGACCCUGCAGAUUCAUACUGCCGCUGCAAACUAACUUGACCGCCACUGGCAGGAGAUUGCCUUGCCAGUGUGAUUAUGAGGUUGGAGUCGACGAUGACGGGAAAAUCCAGUACUUGAACGCCACCAUCAUUGAAGACAAUGGUUGCUCCAACAACGAAGAUAUGUUGGAGUAUAGUGUGGGUGCUUUCGCGAACUGCUACAACAAAGACACUUGGUCUGUCAAAUCUGCCACGGUCACCACUGACACUCCCUCUAACACUUGGGUUAGAGGUCCAGGCACAGUCGAAGGCAUCACUUGCAUAGAACACAUCAUGCAGCACAUUGCCUACGUUGUGAACAAGGACCCUACCGAUGUCCGCGAAAUAAACAUGAGAACAGAAGAUAAUGAUCUUCCAGAAUUGAUUGCAUCCUUUAAAAAGGAAGUCGACUAUGACAGACGAGUUAAAGAGAUUGAACAAUUCAACCAAACUAACAGAUGGAUGAAAAAAGCCAUAUCCUGCAACGUCAUGAGCUGGCCAGUAAUCUUCUAUGGAAAUUAUUCCGCCAUGGUGUCAAUAUACAGAGGUGACGGUACAGUCACUGUUACCACUGGGGGCGUGGAGAUGGGACAAGGAAUCAACACCAAGUGCGCUCAAGUUUGCGCUUACGAACUUGGCGUACCUCUUGAAUACGUCAAAAUUGUUCCCAAUUACUCAUUCGUCGCCGCAAACAACGUAUUCUCUGGAUCUAGUAUCACUACUGAAAGUUGUGCCUAUUCUAUUAUAAGAGCCUGUGAAAAGUUAAAGGCGAACUUGGCUCCUAUAAGGGAAAGCAUGCCAGGAGCUACGUGGAAGGAAAUUAUUCAGAAAGCAGGCGAAGAGCAAGUUGAACUGACCUCCUUGUUCAUGAUGAAGGAUACUGAUGAGAACUUGAAACCCUACAGUGCAUUCGCUGUAGCCAUCACGGAGGUGCAGAUGGAUGUGAUAACUGGGCGAUAUCAAAUCGAUCGUGUAGAUAUUCUGGAAGAUGUCGGUAUGAGCAUAAAUCAAAAAUUGGAUUGUGGACAGGUGCAAGGUGCAUACGUCCAGGGUAUGGGCUACUACACGUGUGAGAAGAUAGCUUAUGACAAGAAGACUGGCAAGAUGGAGACCAAUCGGUCCCUCAAGUACCAUGUCCCUCUUGCCUUAGACACGCCUGUCGAGUACAAUGUCAAAUUGAGGUACAACAGCAAGAACCCGAAGGGCGUCCUUGGAUCUAAAACUUGCGGUGAGAUGGGUGUCGGUAUAGCUCAUGGAAUAACUCACGCGCUGCGCCAGUGCAUCAUGGAGUCAAGAAAGGAUUCUGGAUACGAUCCCAACGAAUUCAUUUAUAUACCGGUGCCCUACGAUACUGAAACAAUACUGAAGGCUUUGGAUGUGAAACGCGAAGAAUUUGUCCUUAACCCAUAAGUUUAAAUUACUUAUAGAGAUUGUUUUUUUUUUUUUAUAUUUGUUCUUGUUGUUUUUUACCUUGCUCUUAGUCAUAUAGAUACAAUACUGUACCGUUAUUUUUUGAUAAUUAUAUUUUGCUGCAUAUAAUAUUCCUUAAUUUUUACCCGCAUUUUAUUAUAAACAAUUUUAAAAGGUUUCUGGGGAAUUUACUGGUGUAAAAGGUUUUAUUAAUUAAGAAUUAAAAAGUACCCUUAGUACGAGUUUGCUUUACGUUGAACGAAAACGAAACGAAAGCGCGUUCGGCGUUCUGAUUGGCCGGCGCGAAUGAACCAACCAAUCAGAAUGCUGAACGCGCUCUCGUUUCGAUUUCGUUAAACGUAAAACAAACUCGUACUAAGGGUAGAGAUACUUAAACUCAUGUUCAUACUGCAAUAUACAAUGUGAUAGGGGUGAGACUUCUAACCCGUUAAGGCUGAGUACUAAAUCUAAUUUUAUCGACAAAAGUCGGGGGUCGAAGGGGUCGAAUCCCCUCCCCUUAAAAAUUAUGGCUAUUUUAAUAUUUUUUUUACUUUUUUUGAUAUCAAAGGUUGUAUGCGUCGUAGAAACAAAAAAAAAACGACAAACGGUAGCUAAUAACCUUGGCUAACUAAUUCAUUACCUUUUUCAUAUGUUUGAUAAUGUUUUGGUGAGAAAAAAUCAUUUGUGAAUUAUUUUUACCGAAAAAAUCACUAUUUUCCAAUAUUUUCAAUUAGGGGUUCAAGCCCCAAUAUUUUUUUUUGUCGAUAAAAUUAGAUGUAGUACUCAGCCUUAACGGGUUAGAAGUCCCACGCCUAUCACACUGUAUAUUAGUUAACAAACGAUUUUACUAUUAUUGUCUGUGAUUUUUUAUAUCUGUUUUGAAUAAAUAUGAUUUUACGUUAA